GACAACAAAAUUCGUCUGCUCAACUUGUGUUGUUUAUUUAGGUCCAAGUGUCGGUAGCUUACUUGCUGAUUUCGAGGCUUUAGUCUUUAGUUACUGAGACCAUCCUGAGACUUUGAAACAUCCUUGGCCAAUGGAUUAAUUGUUGUUAUUCGUGUACCGAAUAUUUUUAUCUGUGAAAAUGAUGCAGUUGCCGCUGGCAAUCGCUCUUGUAUUUCUAUCGUUAGUUCAAGUCAGUUUUGCCGGAUUGGUCGAGUCAAACGAUGUUGACUCAUAUUUUGAUGUCGUGGUGGUGCCUUUCAAAGACACUAGUCAUAGUAACCCACAAACGAAUAAUAUAGAGUUGCAAAAAUCAAGUGUUCAAUACAAGGCUCACCACCAGAUUGGUUACACACCAGAUUGGACAAGUCUCGACAGCAGACCUUUACCCUCUUGGUAUGAUGAAGCUAAGUUUGGCAUAUUUGUUCAUUGGGGAGUCUUUUCUGUACCUGCCUAUGGAUCAGAAUGGUUUUGGUGGUAUUGGAAAGGGGCUAAAAAACCUGAAUAUGAAGAAUUCAUGAAAAGGAACUAUCCACCUGGUUUUAGUUAUGCUGAGUUUGCACCAAAAUUUACAGCAGAGUUUUAUGAUCCACUGGAAUGGGCUGAGAUAUUCAAAAAUUCUGGGGCAAGGUAUGUAGUCUUAACUAGUAAGCAUCAUGAAGGAUAUACACUUUGGCCUUCAAAAUAUUCCUGGAAUUGGAAUGCUAUGGAUGUGGGCCCCAAAAGAGACUUAGUUGGUGAUUUGGCGGAAGCAAUCCGAAAUUCUACGGAUUUAAAGUUUGGUCUUUACCAUUCUUUAUUCGAAUGGUUUCAUCCUCUUUACCAGCAGGAUGAAAAAAACAAUUUUACGACCCGGGAUUUUGUGGAACUAAAGACGCUGCCAGAGCUAUACGAAAUCGUUAAUAAAUACAAGCCGAGUAUAGUUUGGUCCGAUGGCGAUCAAGGAGCUAACGACGUUUACUGGAACUCUACCGAUUUUAUUGCUUGGCUUUACAAUGAUAGCCCAGUCCAAGAGGAAGUUGUUGUUAAUGAUAGGUGGGGAUCUGGCGUCGCCUGUCACCAUGGUGGCUUCUACACUUGUGAUGAUCGCUUCAAUCCAGGAAAGCUUUUGCCACACAAAUGGGAAAACUGUUUGACCAUUGAUAAGAACUCGUGGGGCUAUCGCCGCAACGCCCAUCUUUCUGAUUUUCUAUCUACGCACGAACUGAUCAAAGAGUUAGCUAGUACUGUGAGUUGCGGAGGAAACAUGCUUCUGAACGUUGGGCCCACGCACGAUGGGCUAAUUGCUCCAAUUUUUGAAGAGCGCCUUCGUCAGAUGGGUGAUUGGCUAAAGAUCAAUGGAGAAGCUAUAUACUCCACAGUGCCCUGGACGUAUCAGAAUGACACGUUUACUCCUGAUGUUUGGUAUACUUCGUCGAAGGAUGGUAAAACUGUGUACGCCAUUGUACUUUUUUGGCCUCAAUCGAAUGUGUUAAACCUUGGAGCGCCUGAAGUUAGUUCCCAUACGAACAUUACACUAAUUGGAUACGAUAAAGACGUUGAUAUUGACUGGGUCGUUUCACCGCCUGGUAUUCAAAUUACCUUGCCAGCAAAAUCGGAAGUUUCUAGUGAUUGGGCGUGGGUCGUACGAUUGGGUAACUUGGUAAAUUAAGUAUAUAUUUUUUACGGAUCAUUUUGUAUUCUUAAUCAAUAAAUAAGCGCAAUAAACAGCGAGCGAAGUA